AUGACGCUCGUCUCCUUUCGUGCGGCAGCCAGCGCAAACUACGCGAUCCAUUCACUAGACCUUGGUGCUGCAGACGGCGGCGGUGUCCCUAGCCCCCCGAAAUUCCAGGACCAGGCAAGGGGCCAGCGAGAUUUAUAUACGCAGAUCGUGGUUAGCUCAGCUUUGGGUUUGAGCGCGUUUUUCGCAUUCUGCCUUCUACGACCGAAGUGGAGAGCACUUUACAAUGCACGUCGAAGAUUAAGGACGGCUGCGUCCAGACUGCCCGAACUACCCGACUCGACGUUUGGUUGGAUUCCUGUCCUAUUCAAAAUUACUGAGGAUGAGGUCCUGGCUUCAGCUGGUCUGGAUGCCUUCGUCUUUCUGUCAUUCUACAGCUAUGCUAUGAAAUUUUUGGCCGUUACUUUUUUCUUUUCCCUUGUUAUUAUCCUUCCGGUCCAUUACAGAUACACAGGAAAGUAUGGAUUUCCUUGGGAUGGCAAAGACGGCAAUAGCACAGAACUCUUCCACUCUUACUCCCAACCUAUGGUGACCCUAGGGAUCAAAGAUGAGCCCAAGUCUGAUCCGACAUACUUGUGGAUGUACGUUGUAUUUUCAUACCUCUUUACUGGUGUCGCAAUCUACCUCCUAGUCGAAAGAACGAAUAAGAUUAUCAGGAUACGACAGCAAUGCUUAGGGAGUCAGACAACUAUGACGGAUCGUACAAUUCGCCUGUCUGGCAUCCCUUCUGAAAUGAGGUCCGAAGAAAAGAUCAAGGAAUUCAUUGAAAAUUUAGGUAUUGGAAAGGUAGAAAGUCUGACAUUGUGCCGAGAUUGGACUGAGCUUGAUACCUUAAUGACCGAGAGAGCCUGGGUGCUUCAAAAGUUAGAAGAAGCGUGGACAAGAUACCUUGGGUACCAGCCCAAGAAGCUACGUAGAAGAGGAACGGAUCCCGCCGAGAACCUAGCCGGUUUGCACUUAAAUGGCGAUGAUGAAACGACAACAUUACUAUCAGCCGAAGAACAAGACCAAAUAUCCGAUUUGGACCAUGAGCGUCCAAGGGUACUUUUGAGGCAUGGACGACUCAAACUCAAAUUUAAGUAUGUUGAUGCUAUUGAUUACUAUGAAGAGAAGUUGCGCCGUUUAGAUGAGACUAUCGAGGUUACAAGAGAAAAGGAAUUUCCACCUAUACCUCUAGCCUUUGUGACAAUGGAGUCGAUCGCCGCAUGCCAGAUGGCGGUUCAAGCAAUUUUGGACCCUUCCCCCAUGCAAUUUGUUGCUAGUCUGGCGCCUGCCCCCGGGGAUGUUGUCUGGGAGAAAACGUAUCUUUCUCGGUCCAAAAGGUGGCUGCGAACUUGGUCAGUUACUGUGAUAAUUGGGUUUCUCACGGUGUUUUGGUCUCUUCUUCUCAUUCCAUUGGCAUACCUGUUGAAUUUGGAGACCAUUGAGAAGGUCAUUCCUCAGCUGGCGGAAACAUUGUCCCGCCAUCCUCUGAUCAAGUCUCUUGUACAAACGGGUCUUCCAACACUGACACUUUCGCUUUUGAAUGUCUCAGUCCCAUAUUUGUAUAGCUGGCUUGCUACUAUGCAAGGGAUGAUAUCUCAUGGGGACAUCGAGCUGUCAAUAAUAUCAAAAAACUUUUUCUUUACUUUCUUCAACCUUUUCCUCGUCUUCACCGUUUUUGCCACCGCUUCUAAUUUCUAUGGGUUUUGGGAGAACCUGCGAGACGUUUUGAAAGAUACGACUACUGUGGCCUUUGCCCUCGCCCGCUCUCUCGAAACUCUCGCGCCAUUCUACGUGAAUCUUAUUGUUUUGCAAGGCCUAGGCUUGUUUCCGUUCCGCUUACUGGAGUUUGGGAGUGUUGCGCUAUAUCCGUUUCAGCGAUGGGGAGCAAAAACGCCUCGUGAUUUCGCCGAUUUAGAAAAACCGCCUAUCUUUAGCUACGGCUUUGCACUUCCCCAAACUAUACUUAUAUUUAUUAUUUGCCUCGUGUACAGCGUUUUCCCGAGCUCUUGGCUUGUGUGUUUGUUUGGUCUGAUCUACUUCUUCAUCGGCGGUUUUAUCUAUAAGUACCAACUCCUCUACGCCAUGGACCAUCAGCAACAUUCUACUGGACGUGCCUGGCCUAUGAUAUGCAGUCGUGUUAUUGUUGGCCUCGUCGUCUUUCAACUCGCAAUGAUCGGCAUCCUUGCUCUUCGAAGAGCAAUCACGCGAUCGAUACUAAUUGUCCCACUAUUGGCCGGGACUGUUUGGUUUUUCUUCUUCUUUUCACGGACCUAUGACCCAUUGAUGAAGUUUAUUGCUCUUCGGAGUAUCGAUCGGGAUCGUGCUGCAGUGUCAGACGAAUCUCCUACCCCAACAUCAACACUGUCUCCACCAUCGCAGUGGGAGCGUGACUCUAUACCUCUUCGGCUUAGGGGGCGAGAUUUGGCUCAUAAGCUUCGAAAGUACAUCAAUCCAAAUCUAGUUGUGCCACUAGAUGAUGCCUGGAUCCCUGGUCAGAGACCUACGAGUGGUGCUAGCCCUUCGCUUCAAAAUAUACCGCAAGUUGUGUAA